AUGGAAGAAGAUAUUUGUGGGUUAAAAUUUUUCACAUCGGAACAAAUUUCCACAACAAACGAUAGCUGUGAUGCUUACCAAAAUGUAACAACACCAUCAAAUUUUUACGACAAUACAGUGAGUAGUACAUUUAGCUUAACACUUUUUGUCAACAAAGAUGAUAAAAUUAAUGGAGAAAUGCAAAAUUACUUAUGCGAUUUUUCCCUACUGGAAAAAUAUCUUACUGGUAAUCCAGAAAAAAGCGAAACAAACGUUCAUCUUUACAAUGCAAUGAGUGAAAAAUGUUCACAGGAUAAAACAGAAAUAGUAACUGUAAAUCCAUUAAAAAAACGUUUCGAAUGUGAAUUUUGCCAGCGUGCAUUUAAGAAAAAAUGCAAUUUAAUUGCACAUGAACGAACCCACACUGGAGAACGCCCUUUUCAAUGUACAAUGUGCGAUAAAAAAUUUAGUGAAUCGAGCAGCGUGUUUAAACAUCAACGUGUUCACACCGGAGAACGACCCUAUAAAUGUGAUAUUUGUGAUCGACAUCAAUUAAUACAUAAUAAUUCUUUUGAAGAGAAUUCAACGGACUCGAAAGAAGUAAAUUAA